CAACCAUCAUCAUCAAAAAUCGCACGGAGCGUAUGACAAGCAAAAUAAGCGGUGGACUGAAAUUUGCCUUCAGCCCUAGAAAUAACGCGAAUUUUGUUAAAAUCACUUUAGUAGUGGAUUGAGGUGAAUUGAUUGGGUUCCAUAGCAAACAGGAAUAGCAAAAUGCCGGGCCAGGAGGUGGCAAUCAGCAAGGUAGUGGUGCAUCCACUGGUUUUGCUCAGCGUCGUUGACCAUUUCAACCGGAUGGGCAAAAUCGGCAACCAAAAGCGUGUGGUUGGAGUGCUUCUUGGAUGCUGGCGUGCCAAAGGUGUCCUCGAUGUGUCCAACAGCUUUGCAGUGCCUUUUGAUGAGGACGACAAAGACAAAUCUGUGUGGUUCCUUGACCACGACUACUUGGAAAACAUGUACGGCAUGUUCAAGAAGGUUAACGCCAGGGAGAAGAUUGUGGGGUGGUACCACACUGGUCCUAAGCUGCACCAAAAUGAUGUGGCCAUCAACGAGCUCGUGCGCCGAUACUGUCCCAACUCUGUCCUCGUCAUCAUCGACGCCAAGCCCCGAUCACUGGGCCUGCCCACUGAAGCCUACAGGGCGACUGAAGAAGUCCACGAUGACGGAACACCCACGUCAAAGACCUUUGAGCAUGUCCCCAGCGAAAUCGGUGCUGAAGAAGCUGAAGAGGUCGGCGUUGAACAUCUGCUCAGGGAUAUCAAGGACACGACGGUUGGAACCUUAGCACAGAGGAUUACGGCGCAGCUUCUUGGCCUCCGAGGUCUCCACUCGCAAGUCGAGGCCAUCAAAGGCUAUCUUGAACAAGUGGUGACUCCCAAUGGACUGCCCAUCAAUCACCAAAUUAUUUACCACCUGCAAGACAUUUUUAAUUUGCUGCCUGACGUCUCGCAGCCGAACUUCACCUCCUCCUUAUAUGUGAAGACCAAUGAUCAAAUGCUUGUGGUUUACUUGGCAGCCUUAGUGCGCUGCGUCCUUGCUCUUCACAACCUUAUAAAUAACAAAUUGACAAACAGGGAUGCUGAAAGGAAAGAGGGAACUAGUGCAACUGCUGUUAAAAAGGGAGAGAAGGAGGAGGCUAAGAAAGAAGAGGUAAAAGACGAAAAGAAAAAGUGACCGCCGUAAAUUUCUUGUCUGAAAGUUCUUACUUUAUCUUCUAAGUUACAAUUAACACACACAGGCAGAAAGUUGUUUGAUAAAAUAAAUUAAAUCUCAUCUUAAUACUUCAAAA